AUGGCUAGAUCCAUUUACACUUGCAUGCUCAUUCUUUUCGCCAUUUCCAUCAGCACAGAAAAAUGCAAUGCUGCACGUCAUCUCCUGCAGUCAAAUAUUCCAGGUCUGCCUACAAUUCCAUCACUGCCGAACCCUACAAUUCCGAACCUUCCUAACCCUACAGUUCUGCCCCCUAUGCCUUCCCUUCCAAUUCAACCUACUCUUCCAACAAUUCCAGGCAUGCCUAAAGUUUCUCUCCCUCCAAUGCCUGCAAUUCCCACACUGCCAAACAUUCCUUCUAUUGGAAACAUCCCAUUCUUGUCUCCACCACCAUCCAAUUGCCACCUUCACUCUUGA